GAAUGCUGGAGGGUUAUGGUUCGUGUGGUGAGGCUGUAUACGUUACCCACGUUUGGUGAUGAGAGAACAACAAACUCGAUUGAGAUGGUCUUCAUGGAUGAACAUGGAAGUACAAUUCAUGCAACAGUUCGAAGAAGUUUGGUUGGAACAUUUGGGAAUCGGAUAAAGGAAGGUUCGGUGUAUGUGUUUGCAUAUUUUGGCAUAGGCAACAGUACUGGGUAUUAUCGCACGUCAAGGCAUGAAUUCAGGCUAAACUUCCAGCCAAGAACAACAAUCACAGAAUGUAGUUGCGAGAAUAUUCCGGUAUAUGGACUGAAGCUGGUACCUUUUCCUGAGAUCUCCAAGGCAGAUGCUAAUUAUCCCUACUUAAUUGACACCAUGGGAACAUUAACUUCUGUCGGCAAUGAAAAGGAAAUAGUUAAAGAGUCAAAGAGAACAAAAAUGAUUGCGAUAACCAUAGAGGCAGAAGGGAAUUCGGGAGUAGGAAUGCAACGUCAACCUCUAAAGUGGACAUGUGAUGACGCUAUAAGUUCACGGGAAACUGAAUUUCUGGAUACAUCCCGAUCGAUGGCGAUAUCUCAGCUUAAAGCAUGUCUUGAGUGUAUGGGACCAUUGUGGCAGUCAACAAUAGCGGAGAUUGGUGGUAUUUAGCUUGCAAGUGUAAUAGAGCUGUGAAACCGGA